UUGUGACUUUCUACCAAUUCCGGGUCUCUUUCGAUACUGCCAAACUAUUAGUCAAGCAAUGCCACUGUGAUGGAGAAAAGCUUUGAAAUUUAGGGUUCCUAUUACUUCUUACAUUCAUAUUAGUUACACAUACUUUUCCGAAAAGGCUUUUAUUUUUAUUCGUUUUCAUUAGAGUGAAACAGAGAAAUUAGUGAGGUGUGAACUGUUGAAGAUUAAUUUAAAAGGGCUUUUCUUGUCUUGUACCCCUUUUUGCUUUUUGCCUUUUUCUCUAUCCUAAACAGAUUUUUUCUGGAGAGUAUUCUAGACAGAGAAAGAAAGAGAGAGAGAGAGAGAUUAAAAAAGAAAAGGUAUUGAGUGUCAUGCAUGGGCGUUGACAAGUGAACAACUCUCUCUUUCUGUUUCUACUGAGAAUGCAAUUUUCAGUCUUAGCUGAAUCUGGGAGUGGCUGGGUAAGAGGAAGAUGGAUAAUCAUGGUGAAAUGGGUCUGCUAGGGGAGAAUUUUGAUCUUGGUAUGAUUGGACGGAUAAGGGAUGAUGGGUAUGAGAGCAGGUCCGGCAGUGAUAAUUUGGAAGGUGCCUCAGGCGAUGAUCAAGACGCCGGCGACGAUCAACCGCCGAGGAAGAAGAAGUACCACAGACACACUCCUAAUCAAAUACAAGAACUUGAAUCUUUCUUUAAGGAGUGUCCACACCCGGAUGAAAAGCAAAGGUUGGAACUCAGUAGGAGGCUUUCUUUGGAAACGAAACAAGUGAAAUUUUGGUUCCAAAAUCGUCGAACACAAAUGAAGACCCAAUUGGAACGCCAUGAAAAUAUAAUUUUGAGACAAGAGAAUGACAAACUCCGAGCUGAGAACAAUAUGAUUAAGGAUGCCAUGUCAAACCCAAUGUGCAACCAAUGCGGUGGUCCAGCCAUUCCCGGUCAAAUAUCUUUUGAAGAACACCAACUUAGGAUUGAGAAUGCUCGGUUGAAGGACGAAUUGAGUAGGAUUUGCUCUUUGGCAAACAAAUUCUUGGGCAGGCCUCUAUCGUCCUUGGUUGCCCCUCUCCCUCUUCCAAGCUCCGCUGGUUUGGAACUAGCAGUGGGAAGAAAUGGGAUGGGAGGUUUAAAUGCCAUUGGGCCACCAUUGCCAAUGGGACUUGAUUUGGGAGAUGGAGUUUCUAGCUCGGCCCACAUGAUGCCUUUAGUGAAAUCUUCAAUGGGGAUGAAUGUGUUUGGCAAUGAAAUACCAUUCGAAAGAUCAAUGUUUAUUGAUCUUGCAUUGGCAGCUAUGGAUGAGUUGUUGAAAUUGGCCCAGGCCGAGGGUCCGAUGUGGAUCAAGAGUAGUAAUGGAGGUAGUAAAGAAAUGUUAAACCAUGAGGAGUAUAUGAGAACAUUUCCUCCUUGUAUUGGAGCAAAACCCAACGGUUAUGUAUCCGAGGCUACUAGGGACAGCUCUGUGGUGAUUAUCAACAGUUUAGCACUUGUAGAGACACUGAUGGAUGCGAAUCGAUGGGUAGAAAUGUUUCCUUGUUUGAUCUCUAGAGCCUCCACCAUUGAAACGAUAUCUGCUGGGAUGGGAGGUACCAGAAAUGGAGCACUCCAAGCGAUGCAUGCGGAGCUUCAAGUACUUUCCCCGUUGGUUCCUCUUCGUCUGCUGAAGUUCAUCAGGUUCUGCAAACAACACGGCGAAGGUGUCUGGGCUGUGGUCGAUGUUUCCAUCGACAUCAACCGAGAAGCUUUAAAUGCAGACUCAUAUUUCCAAUGUAGGAGGCUUCCUUCUGGGUGCCUUGUGCAAGAUAUGCCUGAUGGCUACUCCAAGGUUACGUGGGUUGAACAUUCGGAAUACGAUGCUAGUGGUGUUCAUCAAAUGUUCCGCUCAUAUAUCAGUUCCGGCAUGGGCUUUGGUGCUCAGAGAUGGCUUGCCACUCUCCAAAGACAAUGCGAGUGCUUGGCUACUCUUAUGUCCCCCUCGAUUCCUAAUGAAGAUCAAAUAGCCGUGAGUUCUGGAGGUAGAAGGAGCUUGCUAAAGCUGGCAAAGCGUAUGGUGGAUAACUUCUGUGCUGGUGUCUGUGCCUCUACUGUGCGCAAGUGGGACAAACUUCGUGUCGACAAUGUUGGGGAAGACGUAAGAGUGAUGACCCGGAAAAGUAUGGAUGAUCCUGGCGAACCACCCGGUAUCAUUCUGAGUGCUGCAACUUCUGUUUGGAUUCCGGUAUCACAGAAGAGACUGUUUGAAUUCUUACGGGAUGAACAGUUGAGGAGCGAGUGGGAUAUAUUAUCGAAUGGUGGACCAAUGCAGGAGAUGGUGCAUAUCACCAAGGGCCAAAGACAUGGCAACCAUGUCUCACUUCUUCGUGCUGGUUCUAUUGGUGCAAAUGACAGCACCAUGCUCAUACUACAAGAGACAUGGACGGAUGCCUCGGGCUCCAUGGUAGUAUAUGCACCAGUUGACUCAGCAGCAAUAAAUGUAGUAAUGCAUGGUGGAGACUCGGCUUAUGUAGCCCUCCUACCAUCGGGAUUCGCAAUUGUUCCCGACGGAACAUCACAGUCUGGCUAUGUUUCGGGAAACAAUGAGAGUUCUAGUCUUGCUUUGGUAAAAGGAGAAGGCGAUGACAGUGGUGGAUGCAUCCUCACAGUUGGGUUCCAAAUACUUGUUAACAGUCUUCCGUCAGCCAAGCUUACAGUUGAAUCAGUUGAGACAGUUAACAAUCUCAUCUCAUGCACCAUUCAAAAGAUCAAAGCCGCUCUUAGUGGACCCUCAGCGUAGGUGCAGGAACAAAAACUGUUUGGUUUUUGUUUUUUGUUUUUGAACCAUUUAUUUGUUUUGAGUACAUUAAGUAUAACUAGGUAAAAGAAAAGUAUUAAAUAGGAGGAGCUUGAGAUGAAAAACGCAGAACAAAGGGGUGUCGAGUCAAGAACGAACCGCAUGCAUGUGUGUAUGGAAGAAAAAGAAGAAGAUUUCUGUUUUAGCCAAAAAAAAAGUUUUUGUGUAUGUGUUUUUCUAAGGAUAUAACGGCUCGAAGAAUGGUGGUUCGGGUAUUGACUCGGUCGACCCGCGAGGUAGUCUCAGCUCUUUAUUUUGUCCAAAAAAAAAGUGGGACAUUGGUGGGGUUAGUAUUGUUUUGUGUUAUUUUCUUUUGAUUUCAAUGUCAUCUACUUUUUACUGCU